AGGUCACAAUCAGCAUAAAGAUUACAAACCGCAACGACAGCUUUCACCAGAGAGCACCACACAAAUUUCAGAGAGUCGCAGCAACAACAGCCGCAACAGCAGCAGACUGAAAAGUGAAUCUCCUCAGCUGGGUGUUUCACCAUUCCCUUAUGCUGCGUACAGGUGAGUUGACUUAUAGGUUAGUUGACGUACAGGUGAGUUGACGUAUAGGUUAGUUCACGUACAGAUUAGUUGACGUACAGGUUAGUUGACGUACAGGUUAGUUGACGCACAGGUUAGUUGACGUACAGGUUAGUUGACGUACAGGUUAGUUGACGUACAGGUUAUUCGAUGAUAAUUAAAAUAUUUUGAUUUAUGUUCCUUUAGAUUCAUACAACUACCACUACUACUAGCUUAUAAUUACACUUUUUUAGGUUAUUUAAGAUGUAGGCUAUUAUUACUGUUACAAAAAAAUUCAUAUCAAUAAGCCUAAGCAAUAUUAAUUAAGUUGGAUAAAAAUGAUAAAUUUUAUCAAUAAUCAGUGCAAUAACUUAUUUUAAAAAACAAUUAUUAUUAAUUUGGAUCUUAAUAAGAUCUUAAUAUUUAAAAAAUAAAUAAAUCGUUUUUUUCUUUAAUGUUAAUAAUUAAAUUCCAUUAAUAUUCUUUUUUUGUCCACCAUCAAUAUUAAUUAAUUUCACUUAAUAAUUUUUAUGUAAAACUAACCUUAUCUACCACAUAUUUUCAGUACGUUUUCUAAAAUUGUUUUUAAGCUCCAAAAAUAAGAAAAAAUUUCAUAAAAAUGUAGCUACUUAAAUAUUUUCAUAAUAAUUUUUGUGUGUGCUUGGUGCAGCUCUUCCUCAGCCACAGACAUGAGACAGACCAGCCCAAAUAUAGCCAGUGGCUCCAGCCCACCAGCCAGGUGGAGCAGAGAGAUAGAUGGUGCUAUGUUCAGGCCGAACCCCAGUAAAUAUUCCUCACCCCCAACACCGACUGACCAGGAUGGACCACUUAAUUUGUCCAAACCAAAAUCAGAGGUAUUGCAAUACUUAGCAGGAGAACUAUUCAAAACAUAAAAUGCUCACAGAAAAACUUAGUAAUACAUGUGUAUUGUUCAACUGAAAAUGUGUUAUAUUGAAAGGUAAAAUUUUUUUUUUUACUUACCCAGACCAAGUCCAGACAUCCAUCAGGAUACACGGGUCAAGGCCGCGGAGGUCAGGAGGACAAUCAUCGUGGAGUUAAAAGAGAGGCUACAACUCCUCCACCGGCUCACGCCAACCACAGCAAGAGGCUGACCCCUAAUUCUUCGAACCACAGUCCAGUGAUCCAGUCCCCUCUGCAAGGAGGAAAGUCCAACCAUUCUUCUCAGCACCAGCAGCGGUCACCCCACAACAACCCGUCUCCCCUCCCCGCUUCAUCGACCCCUGGGCCAACCCCUGUAUCUGAGGUUCCUUUGUUGGCAGCCCUGAGACACAACCCAUUCGGCCUCUCUGCCCAGUAUGUCACCAAUCCUUUCCUGUCCCUCCCUCCAAAUUUCCCACUGGGUGGCUUGACCGCUCUAACUGCCGGCCAUCAUGGAAUGAAUGGCGCCCCUUCUCCAUCCGAUACGGAAAAGGUGAUUAUAUAAACCUCAUCAUGUAACCGAUCGGAUAAAAAUGAAAUUAGUGGUAUAAUGCUUAUAUGUUAAAAAAAUGUAAUGGCUUUUUAGUGUGAAUUUAUAGAGCUUAAAUAAAACUGUCUGUCAAAAUUUUCAAUCAAACAACAUGCCUACAUAAGUUAUAUAAUGAAUGUAACAUCUUGUUCUGACUGAAGCUUUCUUUCCAUUUGUUAAAAUAAAAAAAACAUGAAUAUGUCUGUUAAAACUUGAAAGGUAAUGGAGAAGAUGGGGUCAAGAGGGGGUCAAUUGUCAAUUCAGAUUACUGUGUUACUAAGUUUGCUUUGACCAUUCAUUUCAGUCUUGUACAAAUUUGUUUUUUUUCUUUAUUCUUGUCUCUUGUGACUAGUUCAUGUACCUCCACUCGCAGGAGAGCUAUGUCCAGGAGCUGCUUGCCCGCCAAAUGGCAGCCAGCGUGAGUGGGCCCGUGUUCCCAGGACUGGGCCACCAUUUCCCCAUGUAUGCCUCCACCCCUGCUCCACCUCUGCCCAACAUGGCACAAAUGCCCGGCAGCAAGGAGUCUGCCCCUCAAAUGCAAGCAACAUCCGAGGAGAACCAAAGCAGUUAUGUUCAGCACUUACAAAGUAAGUUCUUAUGGAAUUGAAAAAAGUAGCAGCAGUCCAGCCUGUUGGUUAGCCUACUUUAAAAGGAACUUGUAGAUGACGACAUGACUUGUUUGAAACAGGAUUUUAAAAAACUUUCUUGAGGAAUUAAACCUUUGCCUAGUUCUGAAACUGCUGGCUGAAACAUUCAUUCUCACAGCGUGUUAAAAUAAUUUACUCCACUGAGAAAGACAGUUUUAUUUAAUUACCAACAAAACAAACAAAACACCUAAGAGGGCUUUAAUUUACAGUCUUUACAAAUGACUGCAACAAUCUCAGACUGAUAAAGAAAAAUAUAAUAAUAACUUAUUAUUAUUUUUUUUUACAUUGAUUCCAGGUAAAAUGUUUGGCGCCAAAAUCAUCAGGGCUCAACGGGAGAAAUCUGACCCAGGACGUCCUCACAUCAAGCGUCCAAUGAAUGCAUUCAUGGUCUGGGCCAGAGAAGAGAGGAGGAAGAUCCUGAAGGCCUGCCCGGAUAUGCACAACUCCAACAUCAGCAAGAUUUUGGGUAAGGGCUCGGUAACAAAAAUUGAUAUGUUUGUGGAUGGAGACCCGGUUAAAAAAUGGAUAUGUUUGUGGAUGGAGACCCGGUUAAAAAAUGGAUAUGUUUGUGGAUGGAACAACUGGUUCUGCGGCAGUUUGAAAAAAAAAUUUUUGAUUGUUUUGUUGAUGAUUGUUUUGGCUUAAUGAAUUAAUUGGCAAUACAGUAACUUGAACUGUUGGGGUUCCCCCUGAAUACUUUAUAUCCAAUAACUGAUGAAGAUUUGAAGAAAGAAAAAAAUGUUUCUUGUUGUCAGGUGCUAAAUGGAAGAGCAUGUCAAAUGCAGACAAACAGCCUUACUACGAAGAACAGUCCAGGCUUAGCAAACUUCACAUGGAGAAACAUCCAGACUAUCGUUACAGGUACUUGUGGUCAAGUUUUAUGGGCAUUGAAUUUAAAUGAUCUAGGUAGUCCUAGUUGUAAGCUUCUUUAAAAUAUUUGCCAGUCUACAAACGUUUGCCUUUUUUUUUUUUUUUUUCUUUCUGAUUAAAAUAAAAAUUAAUUUCAAAUCUUUCUUAAAUUGACUUUUUUUGUGUAAUUAGAAUUUAGAGCAUAGAAUUAGAUAGUAUUCAUCCAUACAUUGUCAGAUAACAUAAAAACAAUGACCUACAGAAUCUAGCUUAGUUAUCAAACAAAGUUGUCAGCCUCCACAUCAUUGCUUCAGCUUAUAGAAAACCAUCUAGUUCAACAGUUUAUAACAUGAUACUCUGUUGUCUGUCAGUAGUCAAGGUUUAGAAGUAGCUUUGUAGUUUUUAGUUCAAAUUUUUUUUUUUUCCUUCUUAUUUAUUUAAAAAAUCAACAACAGAAUCUGAUUUCAGUUAAGUGCUAGAGAGUCUCUUUUACAUGAGGAAGUCCAACUAAAGCUAUCCUCUGUCUGAAUACCAUAUUGCAAAUUUGAAUUGUGCUACAGCUGAAUAAUUCUAUUAGAUGAAAUAGGCAUUGAGUCCAGUUUUAGAUCACAAUCAUGCCAUUCUCUUGAAUAGUAAUUUUUUUUCUUCAAAUUUUAAAGAUUUAUUAAAAAAACACUCUAAUAUCACCUGAGAGAUAACAAAUUUGUCUUUGAAUUUCCUUCAAUAAAUCUAAAACACUUUUGUAGUUUAAAAAAAAAAAAAUAGAGCAAAUUGAAUUAGUUCUGUCUUAGUAAAGUUUCCGGAGACAAUAUUUAGUUUCAAAGCUCAUUACAAUAACAAAAGUUUAAGUUGCCCCCUCCACCACAAACUGCUAGUAAACAGAUGUCAACAUACUCCCUGCUUCUCAGGCCUCGCCCCAGGAAAAACGGGAAGGUGAAAAAGAUGUUUUCUGACACGAAGGGGCCCCCAUCCCGUGCAGGCAAUGAGGCGGGUCCCACAUUGGGCACCGCUCUUUCAAUGCCCCUGGAUCACCACCACCAACCUCCUUCUCUAACGAUCGGGGCACUCUACCCAAACUUUCAUGUUCCCAGCUCUCUGCCCGAUCAAAGGUACAAAACAUUUUUAGUGGCAGCCAUUUUGCCCACAUUCAAGUUUGCCUUGUGUAUCUGUUAUAUUCACCCCCCCCCCCUUUUUUUUUUUUUCCUUUUAAUUUUUUUUUUUUUUUUUUUGCCAUUUAAAUGCUUGUUUUGUUUCUUUAAAAAAAAUAAAAAGCAGCACCCAAAUGACCUUUUUAAAGAAACCUUCCCCCAAAAAAUGCACAAACAAUCCAUUGCAUAUUUUACAAGUUUUAUCAACAGUUGCAAAAGUGAUUCCACCAACAAGCAAAAAUUCCUUCCCUGUGUGGUUUAAUCAUUUAAAAAAAAAAAAAAAUGAUUGUCAACUUUUGUCUUGCUAUUUGUUAUUAGUUAUGUUCUUUUGCUAAAUUUCAUAAUUCUGUUUUCCCCCUGACAAAUAAUUUUCCAUCACUGUUUGUUUGUUGUUUUCCUCAAAGCAAUGCAAUUUUAAAUCCCAAUUUUUUAACAUUUUUUUUUGUAAACACUCAUUAUUGAGGAAAUGAGAAUUCAAAUUUUCAUAUCCCCAUUUUAACCUAAUUUAUUUCAAAUUUAUUAUUUUUUUUAUUCAAAUGUCUUAACUGAGCUCACAGCUUUCCCUAAAAUUGCUUUGUAAACAAUGCCUUAGACAACUAAUACUUGUCAUCUGUUCAGUUUUCCUCCCCGCUGUUCUCCUUGUAAUGAAUUUUUUUUUAUUCAAAUGUCUUAACUGAGCUCACAGCUUUCCCUAAAAUUGCUUUGUAAACAAUGCCUUAGACAACUAAUACUUGUCAUCUGUUCAGUUUUCCUCCCCGCUGUUCUCCUUGUAAUGAAAAUAUGGUUUGGGUAGAGUUUCCCUCACGCUUUGUUCCCUAAACAAACAUUCCCAGAAUUCCCUUCAGCCCCCCCCCCCCCCCCUUGCUGUGUGCCUCCCCAAUGAAUCAAUCUAACACGUGUCUCUACUAACUCUAGCCCACGUAGUGCAAUAACUUUAGUUUAUCUAUUCAAUAUUAUUUUAAAUUAAAUAAUUUUGAGAAUUUUAAAAAAUCAACAGUUUUUUCCCCUGGUUUUCUAGGCUUAUCUUUAUAUUCAGAAAACUAAAAUUUUAAAAAUUUAUUAUUUUUUUUGUUAAAUUUUUUAAAGUCAUUGGAAAUAAGAUAUAUUUAAUGUUCUUUUUAUUUUACGUAUAAACAGAUUAAAAAAAAUUUUUGUUCAUAAAAACACAAAUUACCCACACCUAUACAUGUAUAUUAAAGUUGAAAUUCUUUUUUGGGAAAAUUGAAUGAUAUUAAUUUAUUUCCCCCAGGCCUAGGCCCAAGCGUACAUGCAUUGUAGACGGGAAAAAACUGAGAAUCUCCGAGUACAAAGCCCUGAUGAAAAACAGACGACAGGACAUCAGGCGGGUGUGGUACGGUGAUGGAAGCAGCAACUUCCCUGAAGGUUGGUGCUCUUUAGUUGUUUUUGUUUAGAAAAAAUCUUUCCGUUAAAUUUUUAUUUUUCCUAUUACCUCUAUAAAAUAUAAACUUAAAUUGUAUAAAUAGUUACAAGUGAGAGUUAGCUCGUGGCUAUUCCAUAAUUUAUUGUCUAGACCCUUUUCAAUUUCAUUUGUUUCAGAUGGAGAUGAAGAGGAUAACUCAACAUCCAACUACGACGCGCACUUUCUCCACGGAGAUGCCGGCUCCCCCUCCCACAGCCUGAGGGGCGGGGCCAGCACAUCUUCUCCAUCACACGGAGGCGCCAGCCCAGGGGACAGGAGAUCCGUGUCUCCCAACAACCUCAAUGGCCUGGAUCAUAGCUCGGAAGAGAGCAACGACGAUGACCCGACUGCCGCCGCCACCAACAACAAUAAUAACAAUACCACCGCAGCCGGCAAGGCCCACGGCCCAAACUUCUUGUAUCAGGACAACAAACUCUCAGCAGCACAUUUUCCUUUUCACCACGCUUUGCAGCACCCACAGCAGCCCCCGCAUGGGUUGAGGUUAGAUCUUCCAUACGCCUCUUCCCCUUCCUCCACCAUUGUCAAAUCUGAGGCUGGUGUCGUCUUCCCAAAGCUAGGGGCAGCACCGUACAACCUGUCCAUUUCCCAAGAUGCCAUGGCGCACCACAGGGCGGAGUCUCUCAUGGGUGCAGGGGGUCGAGGCAUUGCGGAAAGUGACAAGCGGAACAUUGACUCUCAUAGUAUUAAAAUGGAGCCAGUUUUUCCACACAUGUCUCAGAUGUCUGAAGUUCCAGGAGCGUCGUUGUAG